ACUGUUAUUUGUGGUACUGGGAGAGUAAGUGACUUGCCAGUAUAUAGAAGAGGUAGGGUUUGAACCAGAGCUUCCUCAUUCUGAUAUCAGCUCUUGUUGGGUUAUCUUGUUUAAUGCAAGUCCUUCUCCUAUAAUUUUGCCUGCUAAAGGUAUCUGAGUUUGAAUCAUAGCCCUUUUAAUAGACUAGUAUCUCCAUAAGGACAUGGGAUGGCAUAUGUGCCAUCCCAGCAUCUGUCUCCCCCUGGAACUAGCCUAGUGCCUAAUAUAAAUGCUUAAUCAAUGUUUAUUGAAUGAAUGAAUGAAUAUUUAAUGAGAAUACUAAUGUGAAUGGAUCACAGACUCAUAGCUCUUGUGCUGACAAGGCCCUCGAAGGCCAUCUAGUCCAAUCCCGUUCAUUCUAGGGAUACUGAGGCGGGAGGAACUUCUCCAAGGUCACACCCAAGGUUCUCUGACUUCCAGAGACCGGGAGAACUAAGUGAAGGAUGAUGAUGAUGGUGAUGAUGAUGAUGGUGAUGACUCUCAGUCCACGCUUGCUGCAUGUGUCCCCAGGAUCUAGCACUAUCAAAAGGCCCUGGGAACAGAGCAGCUAAUGGAGCCGGCCCUCUGGGGCAUUGUUCUCUUUAGCCACAUAUCCUAACGAGCAUCCCCUAAUCAUUCGGGGCCGCCAGUGGUCUAGCUCCAGGUUGGCUCUUUCCCAGGGAGCUGGCCCAAAGCCGAAGCCCAGAAUUCCCACCACCCCAGCAGCCUGCGUAGUUCCCCUCUUCUUGCUCCUAGAUUCUAGGGCAGGGCCAGCUGGGCUGGAGCAGGGCGCUUUGACAGCUCGGAGUGAGCCAGAGUAGCUUAGAACGCGCCUGGUUAAAAAGUCCCGGAGGCGAGCUCCGCCUUCUGGGCUUUUUGAUUGGCUAAAGGGAUGGAUGGAUGGAUGGAUAGAUGGAUGGUCUGGUGGGUGGUUGAAGGGAGGAGGGAAGAGAGAGGGGGUGGUGUGGGGUGUGUGAGCGGUGCGCGAGCGGUGCGCGUGUAAGCGGUUCCUGAGCCCAGGCUCGCAUUCACAGGACCAGCAGAGGGAGGAGGUGGAAGAGAGGGACGAGAGGGGAGGAGAAGGGGGAGAGAAAUGCUCGCUUGUGCGUGAGGAUCUGCGGGUUACCAGCUGGGGUGCAGACCUGCGGGGCGGCCAGCCCCUCGGGUCUGCGGGGCGCGCUCAGGGCGGGGGUAGUGCGUGUGUGAAGGAGGGGGCGUUGGCGACGGCCGCGGUAGGAGAGGCUGCAGCCCGGGAGCGGGCUCGGGCCCCCACCUCUUCCAGACGCCGGUUUUCCUCCCCCGCAGCCUCACACCUCCUCCUACUUCUCUCCCAGCCCUCGCGCCCCUUGCCCGCCUAGCUCGGCCCGGGAGCGCAGUGGGUAAAGGACGGAGAGGGGGCUGCACAAGACAAAGGGGGCGCGGGGGAGCAGCUGGCGAUGGCUUCUCUGAGCCUGGGGGGGCUGAGCGUGAACCGUAGCGGCGGCAGCAGCAGCAGCAGCAGCAGCAGUAGCUGCAAGAAGAGCUUGAACGCCCGCAAUGCUGCAGUGGAAAGAAGGAACCUGAUUACCGUGUGCAGGUUUUCUGUCAAGACCCUGAUUGAUCGAUCCUGUUUUGAAACUAUUGAUGACUCAUCACCAGAAUUCAACAAUUUCGCUGCUAUUUUGGAACAGAUUCUAAGUCAUCGGCUAAAAGAGAUUUCCCAAAGUUGCAGAUGGCUGGCUCAUCUCCAAAUAACUCUUCAAGGUCAAGUAACCUGGUUUGGCUAUGAAAGCCCUCGUAGCUUCUGGGACUAUAUCAGAGUGGCCUGCCGAAAGGUUUCACAGAACUGUAUCUGCAGCAUUGAGAAUAUGGAAAAUGUCAGCUCUUCAAGAGCCAAGGGAAGAGCCUGGAUCAGAGUAGCACUCAUGGAAAAACAUUUAUCCGAAUAUAUCUCCACAGCUCUGAGAGACUUCAAAACAACCAGGAGAUUUUAUGAAGAUGGAGCAAUUGUCUUGGGUGAAGAAGCAAAUAUGCUUGCUGGCAUGCUGCUUGGACUCAAUGCGAUUGAUUUCAGCUUCUGCCUGAAGGGAGAGGGUUUGGAUGGCAACUUCCCAGCUGUCAUAGAUUAUACACCAUAUUUGAAAUUCACCCAAAGUUCUGAUAGCAUCAGCAGUGAUGAAGAAGAAUUAAGGACUUUGGGAAGCAGUGGUAGUGAAAGUAGUACUCCAGAGAAUAUUGGUCCUCCUUUUAUCAUGGAUGAAAAUAGUUGGUACAACAAGUGUAAGAGAGUUAAGCAGAAGUAUCAACUCACUCUGGAACAAAAGGGCUAUCUUGAAGAAUUGCUACGACUUCGAGAGAACCAACUGGCUGAAUCUGUUUCUCAAAACAAGUUACUGCUUCAGAGGAUUGAGGAUUCUGAUUUGACCCACAAAUUAGAGAAGGAACAGUUAGAGUACAUUAUUGUGGAACUGCAGGACCAGCUGACUGUGCUAAAGAAUAAUGAUUUAAGAUCAAGACAAGAGUUAACUACCCACCUCACCAAUCAGUGGCCUUCCCCAGGAGCUCUGGAUGUCAAUGCUGUUGCCUUGGAUACCUUGCUUUACCGAAAACACAAUAAACAGUGGGAUGACAAAAGUUUUCAAAGUCUGGACCAGUUAUCAGCAGAAGUUAGUCUAUCGCAGACAUCUCUGGGUCCAGCCCAUUCACAGGAUGGAGAUGGCAAACAAGACAUGUUAAAUUUAUUAAGUGAAGGUAAAGAAGAUACUCCUUCAUUACUUGGUCUCUGUGGCUCUCUGACCUCGGUUGCAAGUUAUAAAUCUUUAACAAGUCUGAAAUCAAGUGACUACCUUGCAAGUCCCACUACAGAGAUGACAAGUCCAGGCCUAACUCCUUCCUGAACAGCGAAUGUGAUGGCAACCAGAAAAGAUCUCUUAUGUUACAUACAUUCAGUCUACAUUCCAUGGGUUUGACUGCCGGGGUUUGACUGCAAAUAGUUAUAUGCUUUUUUUUUUUUUUUUUUAAAGAUUUCAUUUAUAUUCUCUUAUUUAGAAACCAGUUCAUAUACUCUCAAUGAAGAAUGUCUUAAUUUCUCCAAUAAAUGUACAAUUUUUAAAGGUGAACUGAUAAAAGAUUUUAACAAAUUUAAAUCAGAUAGCGUCCCAAAUAAUUAAGGUGUGGCAAAAUGCACACACUCUUCAAGUGAUUUUUCACAUGUUUAUUUAAAUAUUUAGCUACUAGAACCUGAGUUCAUGGGAUUUAAACAAAGCAUUUUCAUGGAUUAAUGCCGAUGGCAUAUUAAAGGAGAAAUGAUCCCCAAAGAGGGCCAAGAUAAGGCAGUUGUAUGCCUCGGACAAGUCUGAAAAGUCUAUGCCCUGUGUUAUUGCCCACUGGAGACAUUGUGCCUCCAUGUAACACAUCUUUGCAUACCCCCAAAUCGAUACCUAUAUGGAUGGCUUGGAAAGUAAACUUUUCUGGCAUAGUGUUUUUUAAAAAAUGGUACUCCUUGCCCUAGUCCUCCAUGACCCAGGGUGAGUUGAGACCUCCUACCUGCCUCUCCAUAGUUUAGCUGUAGCUUCACAACUUCAGGUUUUUCAUUAAAUUCUUGCAGUAAUCCAACACUUUUAAAGUCUUCUAGUGUAUGAUUAAGAUUGUCAGAAUUGUUCAGAUUUUGAAGAAGCUUAUUCAAUUAAUUUAAAAAUACUUUUCAGUUUUUAACAUUUACCAGUUGAUACUGACAUUCCACUUUACCUUUUAUAAAUUUUAUAGACAUUUACCUUUUUAGACAGUUGAUAACGAUUUGAUAAGGUCCAUGAAAAACGGAUUUAUAAUAAGAUAGAUGCACUUUAGGGAAACGAUUAACUAACCAAGUAACCUUGGACAGGUUUCCCUGAAAUUUUCUAAAAACAUUAACUGGUAAAUUGCCAUGUGUAUACACACACACACACACACACACACACACACACACACACACUCCAAAAGGAAAACUGUAAAAAGAUGGGGAAAAAAAAUAGAAAUAAUUUGGAUGGAUGGCUUAAAUUUAAACAUACCUGAUAACAUCAUAUAUACCAUGCUAAAGUUUUUUCUCUCCAAUGUUAAAUAGCAAUAAAGUAUAUUUUUUCCAGGCUUUAUAAUUAAUUACACUAUUCCAUUCAUUAAAAACAAAAUUAUUAAUAAAUUUUGCUCCAUAUUUCAAAUGAUAAUAUUAACCUAUGUGACAUUGGGCUUUCUGAUAAUCAAUAUUCUCAUCUCUGAAAUAAAUUUGGACUAAAUCUUAUAACAUUUUAUAAUUAGCACUCACAUUUUGUUAUAUAGAAGUAGAGAGCUUAUUAUAAAUAAGUCCAGGAAUACUUUUUGAGGCUUCAGUUUCCAUAGCUUCAAGUAAUCACUUAUUUACAUAUCCCACUAUACUAAUUUAGAGUUAUAAAUAGAUGAUUUCUUUCCCAUAGCUGCUUUUUGUUUGGGAUGGGGGGGUGGGGGGGAAGUAUAGUGUAUAUUUUGUUGUGCCAAAGAAGUUUUAAAAAUUGUUUACAUGAAGUUACUGAAAUACUGGAAACUUCAUAUCUUUGUUUUUAGAUGGCAUUUAUUUAUGAUAGAUGUGAGUGAUUUAUAUUUUAAAAUACAAAGUAAUAUAGGACUUUUAAGUACUUGGCACUACUCAUUUGCUUUAUUUCCAUGAAAAAAUAAUUGGAAUAACAAAAAUUUAACCCAAUUAUUCUUUGAAGUACAAAGCAAACAAAUGUGGGAAUUUAUUGAGUUACUUAGAUGUUAUUUGACCACUCUAAUAAUUUACACUAAAAAUAAAUAAUAGUUGUAGGUGGAAUAGGCUUAUAUUGUAUGAUUUAAGAAGGAAAAAAAAAAAAAAGAAAUACUGACGUUAAAAAAAUUUAAAUCCCUUCCAUCUCUUAUAAUGAUAACUUACAAUUUAAGCUACCUUGAUACAAAAGAAGGAUUUAAGAGCAGUUUUAAUAGCAGCAGUAGGGGCAGUGUAACCAAAUAGCUGCCUACUUAAUUUUGCCUUGGUCCUGGAUUAAUAGUACUACUUUCACAAGAUCUGCCACAGAGAAUGAUAUCACUUAAUUGUAAUUAUCAACCUACCUUUAUGACAUUCUAUUUUUAGGUUAUUUAUUAAAUAACUGAUUUGCAUACAUUUUUAGUAUACAGAAAAAGGUGGAAUCCUUAAAAGUGUUCAGAUUUUAUUUAAUGGAUAUGAUCAACACCUUGUGCAUUCUUAUAUUUUACUGUGUGCAGAAUUAAACAUUUUUCUUCACCCAUCAUAUAAAAGACACAAUCACAGUUUUUUACUUCUGUCAUGCUCCCUUUCUCGGAGCUCUUAGAGUAAAGUUCAUUUGCUCUUGUGGAAUUUCAGCUUUCUACAUAAGUCAUUUCAUAUUAGUCAUAGAAUUUAUAGUUGUCUGUGCAUGAGGAAACUGAUUGUAUGUCUCAAGCCUCAGUUUUAAGUGGCAAUGUUCAUUGUUCAGGAAAAAAAAAAUACCAUGAAUGUUGAAUUAAUGCCAAAACUUGUAUGGUGUAUUUUGUUGCCUUGAUAUAUAUUUGUUGCAUGUAAAUUAAAUAUUUUAUAGCCAUCAA